GGGGGGGGGGCUCUAUUCCGUGUGUUUUCCCGGCAUGAUCAGGUUACUGGGCCACAGGCCCGAGCUAGAUCUUGGUAGACGAAAAGGAACUGCCUCCCGGCAUGUGGGGGUCGCCCAGACCCUCCCCCUCCCCCUCCGGGGGCAGGACUGGUAGGGCUUCACGGCAGUGUGGUCGUGGGCUCCGGGCACGGAGAGGAAAGCGUUGGAAGCGAUGUGCCCGUCGGCAGCCGUUGGCAACUCUCCCCCGGCCCCGAGCGAUGCCCCGCCCCCUGGCGGACAGGCCGCCAUGUUGGACCAGGACAAUGGCCUUGCCCCGACUUGAUGGCCCGGGCCUUGCCCGCAGGGCCGAGGGCGCCAGACGACCUCGUCCUUCGCUUGUUUACGCUGUCGACUCGCCCUGGCGGUGCGCACGCCCACCAGGCGCCCCCUCAUUGCCCUGGUCUGCCCAAACACUAUGCAGGUAAGCCACCUCCCUCGCCAUGUCCCUCUGUCUUCCGCUCUCCCUGCCCGUGUCGAUGUCCUCUUGCCCAUGCCCCCCUCUCUCCUUUGCUUAGCUCUGUCCAGGGGCGCCCGGAUGCUGGGCACCUGUGGUGAACCCGCCCCGCGCCUUUCGACUGGUCUCCAGCCCGCCCUUGUAUCGCCCGGCCGCGGCACAUCCGACAGCCGGCCUGCGAGGCUCUCAUUGGUGUUGAAUAAUGAGAGCAGUGGCCGAGGGGAGGACCGAGUGACGUGUGCUGGAGUGUGGCGUUGCCCGGCUCGACUCGGCUCGGCUCGGCUCGGCUCGGCUCGGGUCGGCUCGGGUCGGCUCGAGGCAAGCAACGCAUCAAGGUCGCCCUGCUGGUGGACAGCAAGCUGUUCGGCCGCCUGUCUCAGGUAGCCCCACUUGUCUCCCCUAUUCGGCAUGGAGGGUCCGACCGAGCG